AUGUUGGUUCUUCCGAUACUCCUUUGCCUAGCGGCUAGAACUUUAGUUGAAGGUGCAGCAGCUGGAGGUGCAGCAGCUGGAAGUGGUAGUUUUGCAUCAUCAGCAGCACAAUCAGGAGAAAACACGCUUGAAGAUCCAAGAUACGAAAGUGAUCUUCUUCAAGCCAUAGCUGCAGCUGAGAGUAAUGAAAAUUCAGGAGCAACAUCGGGACAUUACGGGGCUGAAGAUACGCUUAGAAAACGUGAUACUUCUUCGGGAGCGUUAGCAGGCGGCGGUGCUAACUCAGGAUCUGGAGCAGGAAGCAAUGCUAACUCAGGAUCUGGAGCAGGAAGCAAUGCGAACUCAGGAUCUGGGGCAGGAAGCAAUGCUAACUCAGGAUCUGGCGCAGGAAGCAAUGCUAACUCGGGAUCUGGAGCAGGAAGCAAUGCUAACUCAGGAUCUGGAGCAGGAAGCAAUGCUAACUCAGGAUCUGGGGCAGGAAGCAAUGCUAACUCAGGAUCUGGAGCAGGAAGCAAUGCGAACUCAGGAUCUGGGGCAGGAAGCAAUGCUAACUCAGGAUCCGGAGCAGAAAGAUCGUCCGCAGGAAGCAAUGCUAACUCAGGAUCCUCAGCAGGAAGCAAUGCUAACUCAGGAUCCUCAGCAGGAAGCAAUGCUAACUCAGGAUCUUCGGCUUCAUCUUGCGAUUCUCAAUCCCAAUGGACUGAUGGUCUUUGUCCAAUCAUUUCUGGGGUACCCCUCGACAUGACUAAAAAAGCUGGAUAUUGGUAUGAAGUUCAACGCAGUGCUAACGAUUUCUCCGGGUUGGACAAAUGUGCGAAAGUAUUUUGGCGCAAACCUCAGAACGGUGUCUCGUAUAUCAUAAACAAAAGUUACUCCAACGUCGCUCACGUAACUGAGACAACUGUUUCACAAAUGAAGAAAUGCGGAGCGAAAAAUUAUUACACCUACCACGUUCCAAUUUUGGGAGUGGUUAGCAGGAAUCAAGUCUACCUAGACCUUGAUUACGACAGUCAUGCGCUAUUUUGGACCUGCGAAAAUCACGGAAACAAACACCGUGCAACAUUUACUUUGCUGUCACGUCACCCGAAUUUACCCGAGAACAUCGAAGAAAUCGAACAAAAAGCAUGUGCUAAAUUCAACCUUUCAAUGCCACCAAUGGUCAGCUUCGACUUGUCAGGUUGUAAUGAUGCAUAUGAUUCUUACGACUUUUGCGAAAAUAAUUAA